CGUUAUCGAUACUCGAUACCAAUCUGAGCCAGGCUUUGGGCGUUGUUUUUUUCGUGUUUGUCGCUUAAAUUUGUUAAAUGAACUAAAACGUUUGAGUGCAUUUGCUAAACUCUGAAUCGAACCGCAGUGGCAAUAAAUCGUGCGCAGAUGACAAUUAAGUGCUGUGCUGGUUGGGAGCAAGAAGAAGAACGUCUAGUGGCUAAUCCUGCAGGCCAUUGACCCGCUCUUAUCCGGCGGCGCAAACCACACCCAUACCAAUAAAACCCAAACAAGCCGAGCUCCUGUGGGACUAUGUCCACAAUCGAAGAGGAACGUAAGGCAUACGAAAAGAAUCCCUACUUCACCGGCCACAUCUACGGCAAUUUCUCGCCAUUUUAUGUGACUAUUGGCAUCUGCACGGUUGUACUUGGCUCAAUAAUCAUAUUGAAUAUUAUCUUGGGCUGCUGCUCCAAGUAUCGCAAGUACUGGCAGGACAGGCACACAGGCAACCGCUGGUUGGUGUCCAUUUGGUCUGCAACACCGCACAAACAGCCGCCAUUGGACUUUACUGAACUGAAAGACGCCUCGUAUUUCCAGCGUUUCCAUCCCACGACCCAUCAGCAAGUGUUCCCCGACGAAGUGGUUAUUGGCGUUGACGAGUUAGAGCCCAUUCAUUCAGCGCAUCAUCAGCGUCCGCCACGCCCAGAAGGUCGUACUCUGCAUCACCAACGUCAGCGCGAGGAAUACGUAGAGCUGCAAAAGCGUGAGAGUGACAUCUAAGGUAAAGUAAAG